UUUUUUUUUUUGUCGAACGACCUUACAAAGGGUAAGGGAGCAUGCGCUGUAACCUGUGGCCACUUUUUAUUUGAGCUUAAACCUGCUGAAGCGUAAAGUCCGACUCACUCAAAUAAUACAAUUGGUUGGUAAAUAAAGUGUAGAAUGACAGUGAAAGACAACGGUAAAACAGUUAAAAUUCUACUGCCGCUCAAAUAGUACCUGUGCAUAGAGAUCCGGCUCAUUUGAUAAAGUGGUAUCAAGCAGACACAUUUUCAACCAGGAAGCGUUACAAAUGAGGUAGAAGUUCCCAAAUAAAAAAGUAUGGCAGCAAGAAAAAAUGUUUUAUUAUGGCCUCUUGUGUUGGCCUCAACAUUUUGCUUAAAUUCAAUUGGUGUUUGCGCGCAAGGAUCUACCCUUAAAACGGGCCUACUUAAAAUUACUAAACCAACGCCGAGAACCCUGUAUAAUGGUUACGCAACUAGAGUUGCAACAGCGGCAACAAGCACCACACCGCCGCCGAGUUCGUCGACAACGGAGAUCACUGAUAGCAGUACAUCGGCCACCAUACCGGAGAUUUGCAUACAUGGCUUGAGAGUAAUGCCCACCGACAUGGACCAGGCACAAAAUGUGCGUCAUGAACGGGACUUUGUCCACAUUAUUGAAGGCGAUGCCAUGCUCAGCAUUCUGACAACAGACGUCGCCUCGGUGCUUUUUGUUGUGAACCGUAUUAACCGAGCAAAUCUGUUGGAUGCAGAUUUUGAAAUUGGAGUCCGUGCUAUCCUCAUAGAAGAUGAAACAAUUGCCGAAAACUUACUCAUGCAGGAGGUGCAGUAUCUGCAGCAGUGCAUAACUCACGCCAUUGGCAUAUUUGUCGACCAUGAUGUAUACAAGAGUUCAGAACAGAUCAUCAAAGAUCUGGAGUACAAUAUUUGGCCCAUACUCUCGCCACACGUAUAUCUCUUUCCCAAAGUUGCGCACUUAUUACAUCAAAUGCCUUGGGGAGAAAGUAUAGCUUCUGUGGAAAUUCUCACUGAAAAUCUGGCAACUUAUAAUGAGUUUAUGGAGGCAAUCCGGCAUGAACAAAUGUGCUUAAUGCAUUUCAAGAGCGACAAAAAUGUCUACAUCCUUUUCGGUAAUAAGAUGGCUCACCAUUUUGAAGAAAAUGGCACAAUUUUCGCAGUUCCCACCGAUCGCGCAGAUCGUACGUUUAUAUCAGAUCUACCAGAUAAAUCAUAUAUACUUAUGGAGCGCGAAAUAGAUGCGGAUGCGAUUGACGGGAAUUCUACCUUAUCUACAUUAGACGAAACAUUUAAGGGCAAAUCAGUUCAACCAUCUCGAGUUUUCGCUUUUGCUCGUCCAAUGCUGGAGCUGGUGCGUUGGCUUAAGGGCUCGUUGAUGCGCAACUGUAAGCGGGAGCAAAACAUUUUCAUAUUCGAGUCAUGCUUCAAUUUUCUCACGUUCAUCGCCGACUGGCAAACGCCUGAGUAUCGUCAGUACUACGAACCUGCAAAAAUUCUAGAACUAUUACACAUGCAUCGAUUUGCUUCCCUAAUGAACUUCCAAAUGUAUCAGAAAGUCAGUGAAAAUGGUCACGGAACUGCAACCGUUUCGUCUGGCGAGGAUCACAUAGAACUGCGGGAGAUUGCGUCCCAAAACUUUGUUACCAACAUAACUACUUUCUAUCAUUACAACAGAGCGAACAGCACAAGUCUAGAGCUGAAACCGAAGUUCGGACAGGUCUUCAAUUGCCAGUACAGUGCGGGGGAGAAUGCAAGGUAUCCGUUUUUAUUCGAUGGAGAAUCAGUGAUGUUCUGGCGUAUUAAGCCCGACGCUUGGGUAGCCACCGGGAUGACGGCCGCUAUUCUCGGCUUAAUAAUAACCUUGGCCAUAUUGGUGUUCAUAGUAGUGCGCAUAUCCUUGGGCGACGUGUUCGAAGGCAACCCGGUCACCUCGAUUCUCUUAUUGCUCUCUUUGAUUUUACUAUUCACAUCGUUUGUGCCAUUCUCUUUGGAGUACAUUGGCGAACACCGUAACUCGCACGUGACUUUCGAAGAUGCCGCCACACUGAACACCCUUUGCGCCGUGCGCGUUUUCAUUAUGACCCUCGUCUACUGCUUUACAUUUUCGUUGCUGCUUUGCCGUGCCGUAAUGCUAGCAUCGAUCGGCUCAGAGGGUGGAUUUUUGUCCCAUGUCAAUGGCUACAUUCAGGCAGUCAUUUGCAUUCUCAGUAUCUUCGUGCAGUUGGGUAUGUCCAUACAGCUGCUUGUGAUUAUGCAUGUCGCCACUGAGAGUAUAUCAUGUGAGAAUAUGUACUAUGGACACUGGCUGUGGGUUUUGGUCGCUUACGAUUUCAUCUUGCUGGUGGGAGUUGUCGCCCUGGUACCGUUCAUAUAUCGCUCACAACGGAAUUAUCGGGAAGGAAUCCUCAUUGUUAUUGGUGCAGUGCUGACUUUUCUCAUUUGGAUUGUUUGGAUUGGAAUGUCAUUUUUCGGAGAUGAGAUACGUGAUGCAGCUAUUCCUUUGGGUCUUCAGGCCACCGGUUGGGCCAUAUUGGUGGGAGUGCUUAUUCCGCGUACGUUUCUUAUCGUGCGCGGUAUUGAGCGCUCGGACAUUGCUCAGGCGUUGCCAUCGCUUACUUCGCUUGCCUUCGCGCAGAAUAAUCAGUACUCUUCCGAACAGAGCGUUUAUGAGUGUGUUAAUCCAGCUAUGCGUAGUUGCUCGCAAGCAGAAAUGGCCCAGUCUCCAAGUGAAAUUCCUACACUUCCACUGCGCGGUGGUGGUCCACGACGUCAACAAUUUUUUGCCAACCUGCGUCAGGCCAAUGCCAACAUAAAUCCACAGAGACCUCCACCUCGUCCACAACGGGGAAGCCCCACGAGAUCAGAGUGUUCAUCUUUACCCGACUCACCCGAGAGCAGUAAAAUAACUCGAUUCUAGAUGGGAAGGAAUAAGUGAAAGGGAGAAAUUUUAUAUUACUUUAUUGUAUUUUAACGGUCCAUCAUCUUUGUAUCUAGUCAUUGUCUUUUGAAGACUGUCAUUUUUAUUACUCAUCAACUCGAGGCAUAUUAUAUACAAAUGCAUAUUUUA